GGUUCCAGCACGAGCCAAACAACCCUACGUGUCAGUCUCAUGCGUCGGUGUAAAUACAGAGUUUUUUAAGUUCGCGGCUUGCCAAUCUCGCGAAAUCUUGCAGCAGCAGCAGCAACAGCUUCUGCCCAAUUCGACUUCAACGCCCGCCGAUCGCCGCGUGUCGAUCGUAAAUCCACGGGGCGGAGCGAUUAAAGCGAUAACUCCAACGCGACAGCAACAUCAGCUGGAGCCGCCGGAGGAAAAGUGCAAGGGAAAGCGGCAGUGAAAGGAACGUAGCCAAGAGGCAGUGCCAGACAAAACAUAAAACACAAAAUACAAAUUACAUAUAGUCGCUGCCGGAGAUGGCGGGUCAAAAGUUCCAGUAUGAUGAGAGCGGCGGAACGUUCUACUACUUUGUGUUAUCGUUCUUGGCGCUAAUAUUGAUACCGACCACCAUUUACUAUUGGCCACGUAAAAAGAAAGAAGAUAACAGCAAGCUCAAAGAGGAAUGUCAGUGCGCCGACUGCCAGAAAAAGAAGACCAUCUUGGCCAAUGCUGAGCCGUACAGGGCUCUGACGUCAUGGACCAUCAAGCUGACCAUUGUGCUCGGCUGGGCCCUGUUGCUCUUUCUCACGUACCGCGUCUCACAGUUCGACUACGAGAUGGCCAGCUUCGAUCCGUUCGAGAUCCUGAAUGUGCCGCCAACGUCAUCGCAGGCCGAGAUCAAGAAGGCCUACUAUCGGCUGUCCAAGGUGCUGCAUCCCGACAAGGAGACGGGUGACGAGAAGUCCUUCAUGAUGCUGAGCAAAGCGUACCAGGCGCUCACCGACGAUGUGGCCAAGGAGAACUACGAGAAGUACGGUAAUCCGGAUGGACCGGGUGCCAUGUCCUUUGGCAUCGCCCUGCCCUCGUGGAUUGUGGAGAAGGAGAACAGCGUUUGGGUUUUGGGACUGUACGGCCUGGUCUUCAUGGUGGCCAUGCCCUCGGCGGUGGGUGUUUGGUGGUACCGAUCCAUCCGCUUCAGUGGCGACAAGGUGCUGCUGGAUACCACUCAGAUGUACUUCUACUUUAUCCACAAGACACCGCACAUGCUGCUUAAGCGGGCACUUAUGGUGCUGGCGGCCAGUUUGGAGUUUGACAAGCGCCACAACUCGCAAGUCCAGGAGCGCCAGUCGGACAACGACGAGGUGCCGGCGCUCAUUCGACAGCUGCCCAACCUGAAUGAGAAGUGCAAGGAGCAUCCGCUGUGCCGCAUGUACUCCAUCAAGGCCCGCGCCAUCCUGCAUGCCCAUCUCAGUCGCAUGCCCCUCAAUCCGGAAACCCUGGAGCGUGAUCGCCAGUUUGUGGUGAAGAAGUGUCCGUAUUUGGUACAAGAAAUGGUCUCCUGCGUCCACCAGCUGGUCAUGAUGGCCUAUGCUCGACGUGUGCCCCGACUGCCCAGCAUCGAAACGAUUGAAAACUGCAUGAAGAUGUCACCGAUGAUUAUCCAAGGCCUGUGGGAGUUCAAAUCGCCACUGCUGCAGUUGCCCCACCUCACCGAGGACCAUCUGUACUUCAUGAACAAGAAGAGGCACGUCAAGAACCUGCAGCAAUUCGCCCAACUCAAGCCGGAAGAGAGCCGUCAGCUGCUAAAAAACCUAUCGGACUUUGAGUACGAGAACACGAUGAAAGUGCUGGGCAAGAUGCCGCUGAUUGACUUCUCCAUUCGUUGCGAGGUCAUCGACGAUGAGAACACCAAUGUGGUAACCGCCGGGGCCAUAGUUACGGUCACGGUUACGCUGGAGCGCAAGGACAUGAAGACGCUCUUCGGGGACACAAAGGCACCUGAGAAGCAGGGCAUCAAGGAUGAGGCCAACGAAGAGGCUGCCGGUGAUGAGGAUGAGGCUGCUGCCGCUGCGCCGGUUAAGAAGGCUUCCGCCUGGGCAAAGCCACGUAAAGGUGGAAAGGGAAAGGGUGGUAAGAAACCAGCCCAGAACCAGAAAAACCAGAAGAAGGUGCCGGCAAAGGCUGCGACCACAGCUACGAACACGACAUCCGAGGAUCAAGCGGCGGCGGGUAAUUCCGAUGCCGAAUCAGAGGCCGGAAAUGCGGAAGGCAGCGAUGUGGAAUCAGCUGCUGGCAGUGGCAGCGAGGAUGAGGAGAAGGGCAAGAACAACUCCUCGCUGGACGACGACGAUGACGAGGAGUGGGAGCGACUGCAAGCUAAGCUUAACAAGAGGGAGCGACUCGAGGGCAAGUCUCGGCUGUCGCACACCGUCCACUGCCCCUACUUCCCCGAGGAGAAGCAGGAGUACUGGUGGACCUACAUAUGCGAUCGCAAGUCCCGCACCCUGCUGACGGCGCCCUAUCACGUGACCAAUCUGGUUGAGAAGGAGGAGAUCCAGCUAAAGUUCACUGCGCCGCGCUGGCCAGGCGUCUACACGUUCACCGUUUGCCUGAGAUCGGACUCCUAUUUGGGCAUGGACCAGCAGCAGGAGCUUAAACUGGAUGUGCAGAAGGCGCCCGCACCACCGACAGAUCAUCCUCAGUGGGAUCUGAGCGAAUCGGAGCCGGAGCACACCGACCAGCAGGAGAACCUCAGCGACUACACCACAGAUACGUCCGAUGAGGAGGACAGCGACUAGAUCUAGAUGGAAAGAGCGACGGACGGCUGGACGUCCCGAAUCCGAAGAACCCCCAAUCAACCUCAACCUCCACUCUUUUUUUGUGGGAGGGAAGAGAAGCCUCUUUGUUUUCCUUUUAGUAAAUGAGUUUCGCGUGGCGGCGGAUGCACACCAAUGCGACCCUUCCUUCGCAUUUUUACUAGUUUUGUAAUGGAAAAGACCCCGAACUAGUGCGUAAAUAACUAUAACUUCAUUUUACCGUGUACUGUACUAAACAUAAUUAUAAUGUACUGUAUAUUUAAUUAUUUGGAUACAAGAACUAAAAGUGAGACACGUAAAUACAAAAGUCUAUUGAUAUUA